ACAUAAACAGCCACAGUGAGAGAAGGCCUUACCAAUUGAACGUCCGCUUCGACUUGAAGAAGCUCGACGCCAUCUUGCCGGCUUGGUCGGGGAGACGUCUCGUGAGAGGAGCGGGUGUAGUAGGAGCGGGCACGUCUCAAAAGAUCAAAAGGACGAGAGACGCGAGAACAAGGCAGAUAGGAAGACAGCCUUCUUGAAGGAGCGAGGAACAAAAAGCUCAAGCCAGAGAAGGGGAGGAGAAGGGAAGGGGGGGCGAGACGAUCAUUAUUAUAUCCAUCGCGCUUUCACGCCCACACCCAUAGCAGCCCCAUGUGUCGCAACAGGGGAGAUGGCAGACCCGGCAUGCAGGGCUGCAGAGCCCACAGCCAUCCAAUCAGCUCCUUCACUAGGAUAUCAACAGACAUGAAGCUGCCGAGCCUUCGAAACCCUCCUGCCCGUGGCCGUGAGUGGUGGGGAGAUCCGGGGAGAGCAGAAGGCGUAGCUCUAUUGUCCGAGACAGGUCUAGCGCAGCCGCGUGACCGAGGCUGUACGCUUCGGGUUCGAGGAACUUCUCCUCCCGUUUCGCUGUCUUUCCACGAAUCGGCUGUAUUGUGCUCGCUGGUCUGGGGAAAGGUGAGUCCACCAAUAGACAAAGGGCGAGACACGGGGGAAAUCUUGUCCUGGCGGGUGUCAGAUGCGGAGUCGCUUCUGGGGAAACGACGUCUAUCGAUCGUGGCCACUGGGGAGGGGGGACGGGGUUGCAGGGGGGGGAGGGGCGGUGGUGGUCCACAGUGGUCUGAUGAUGGCUCUCUCCGAAGGGAAGAGGAGAGCUCAUGGAGACUAGACAAGGGAGCUGGGCGCCCUACACAUACUGGAAUCCCAGGGUGGCAACUUGCAAGAUCUACUUUUCCUCUGGACCUUUCAAAUUUCAGACCAUGUGCUUCGAAGACAUUUCGAGGGCGUCAAAAACACGAGAUGCUCAGGGGAUUCUUGUUGGUGGAAGGGAACGCUGUCCGACCACCGUUCCUGUCCCUUCGCUCCUCGUGGUUUAUUGGAGACUACAACAUAAACCAAAAUGGCUAGUAUCCUCAUGAAAAUUCAGAUUGUCGCCUUCGUGAGAAUUUCCAGGAGGAACUGUCUGCCAGGUAGCAAGGUAAUUCAAGACCGCAUCCUGCACAGUUGCAGAGACCAAGGCCUUGUCUUUUACCUGAAACCCACACAUUCUUCAUCUAAAGGGCCCAGCCCAACUGAUUGGCACGAAAGAGCGGUGUUCUCUAUACUCUAGGACACUAUUACAGUGGACUGUGUCCUUAGCUCCAGCUCGACAUGGACUAAUAAUAAGGGAUAAUGUGGAAUCUGGAGUGGUUCCUAGGUAGUUAUCUCG